GGAGGGGGGAGGCUGCCCGGCGGGGGGAGGGGCCGGCUAUUCCGGUCUCUCCUCCCUCCUCCCUCCGCCCAGCUCGGCUCGGCUCGGCUCGGCCCCGCUCUCCCCGCGGCGCGCCCCGAGGAGCCGUGAGGAGCCGGGGCACUGAGCGGGGGAAGGAGCCGGAGAGAGACGUGGGGGGGCCGCAGCUGAGACCCCCCCAGCAUGGCAGCAGCAGGUUACCCCCAGGCUACCUACCCCUCCGCCCCGUACCCCAGCCCCGCCCCCGCCCCUGCCCCCACCCUGGGAUUCAACGUGUACCCCUCCUCCAAUCCGGGCACAGGGCCGCUGGUCCCGCCCCAGGCCCCGCCCCAGGCAUACGGGGACCCCGCCGCUCAACACCCCCACUCGGCCAUCACGCCCUACCUGCCCGUGUCCACCGGCAUCCCCCCGGGGCUGGAGUAUCUAAUGCAGAUCGACCAGGUUCUGAUCCAGCAGAAAGUGGAGCUGGUGGAAGCCGUCAUCGGCUUCGAGACCGCCAACAAGUACGAGCUGCGGGAUGGGCUGGGCCGGCGGCUCUUCGAGGCCGAGGAGCAGAGCGACUGCUGCACCCGCAACUGCUGCGGGUCCCUGCGGCGCCUCCGGCUGAGCCUGGCUGAGCCGGGGGGGCGCCCCGCCCUCCGCUUCCUGCGCCCCCUCAAGUGCGCCUCCUGCUGGUGCCCCUGCUGCCUGCAGGAGCUGGAGGUGCAGUGCCCCCCGGGCACCACGAUCGGGCAUGUGGUGCAGACCUGGCACCCCUUCACCCCCAAGUUCUCCGUCCAGGACGCCCAGAAGCAGACGGUGCUGCGGGUGCUGGGGCCCUGCUGUGUCUUUCGCUGCGGGGGGGACGUCAACUUCGAGGUGAAGACGAGCGACGAGUCGCGGGGCGUGGGCCGGAUCAGUAAGCAGUGGGGGGGGCUGCUCAAGGAGGUCUUCACUGACACCGAUGUCUUCGGCAUCCAGUUCCCCGUGGACCUGGACGUCAAGAUGAAGGCCGUGCUGCUGGGGGCCUGCUUCCUCAUCGAUUACAUGUUCUUCGAGAAGGUGGGCAAGACCAGCCAGAGGAGCACGGUGCUGAGCAGUUAGAAGCAGCUGGACCCCCGCACCUCCCACUCGCUGCCACUUACGAGGACCCCCCAUCCCACUGCUGACACCAACAGGGGCUCCCAUCCCAUCUCUAACACCAAUGAGGGGUCUUUAUGAAUAGGACAGCGUGUUUAUGGGCUGGCGUGGGUGUCAGGGCAGUGAGACUGUUUGCAGAGGCGGCAAGGAGGCCUGCGGGUGUGGGUGUGUCCUGUGCCAUGGGACUCGGUAGACAGCACGAUGGGGGCUCUUUUGGUUGUAUGUGAAGAACAUCAAGCCCCAGGCCUUCUCCCACCAAGGCGUCUUUAGGACCUUCACCCAGACAGGAAACUCUGGCCUCCAUUGGCUGCCAAGUUCCUGGGGCCUUCAUAUCCCCUGCCCCCACCUGUCGGCUGAGGGGGGGUCCCUUCAACACCAAGCCAGUGGUGGCAACAUCCCGAAGCCAAAUCUCUUAACUAUAGAUAUUUCUCAUUCUGUAUUUUGUGUAUUUAUCGCUUAUAACAAAGUGUCUUGCGCUGAACCUUAAAGGGGGCUUUGUGGGGGGAGCAUCAUGGUGCUUUUUAAUGGGGUUCCCCCUGGUUCCCCUGAAUUCCUGAUGCUGAGGGAGGGGCGUCAAGCCACAGUGGAGGAAGGAUAGGGUUGGCUUGACCAAUGGAGGAGCUAUGGCCAGCGUGAAGUGAUGCCAACCCACGGUGGCGUCAUGUGGGCCAAGAGGGAGGCCAGCCAACCCAAGAUGGUGGGCCGUUGGCCGCGAUGGAUGGAAGCCAACCCAAGCUAGAGGGCUGUUGGCCACGAUGGAUGGAAGCCAACCCAAGAUGGAGGAGCCUUGGCUAAGAUAGUCAUGCCAACCGCGGAGGCACGUUGGCCACGAUGGAUGGAAGCCAACCCAAGAUGGAGGGAAGUUGGCCACGAUGGAUGGAAGCCAACCCAAGAUGGAGGGCCGUUGGCCACGAUGGAUGGAAGCCAACCCAAGAUGGAGGAGCCUUGGCUAAGAUAGCCAUACCAACCGCGGAGGCACGUUGGCCACGAUGGAUGGAAGCCAACCCAAGAUGGAGGGCGGUUGGCCACGAUGGAUGGAAGCCAACCCAAGGUGGAGGGCCAUUGGCCACGAUGGAUGGAAGCCAACCCAAGAUGGAGGGCCGUUGGCCAAGAGAGGGAGUCAAGCCAACCCAAGAUGGAGCCCUAUUGGCCAACGCGAGAGACGACAACCUUGGACAACUCCACUGUGUCUUUCGUUCGUGAGGGGAGUGGAGGGGGGAGGAGACUGGAGGGGAGGGGAGAGGAAGGGGAAUCUCCCCCACGGGCAGGAGAGGAGCGGACUGGACCUUGUCUCUCGACGGAGGGUUUUGCUGGGCGUUCCUCCACGGGCAACCAAAACCAAUAAAAAGCUAAGACCCUGGG